CCAAGCUAGUGAGAAACACUAGCGUCCAUAUGGGCUUUGCCAGCUUAUACAUUGCAUAGCAGUUAAAAAAAGUGCAAAGUUAUUUUCCGGAUAAAAUUAAAAGAGUUUAUCCAUAUUAUUAAUCACUAUAUGACAAAUCUACUCAACAUGAGAUGUCUACAAAGCACAAUAUAAAUGCAAAGAUCUGCAUGUGGAUUCCAACAACAACUGCAAGGGAAGAAACAGCUUUCUAAGUUUUAUUUUGAGUUUUUGUUUCUGAAUAUCUAUAGCAAUAGCAUGCGUAAAGAUGUUCAACAAUGAACAUCAGCAAGGUCUCUUAAUGGACCCAAGAAUAUCCUUCUCCAAUGAUUUUGCAGCCGACCCUCAUCAAGGGAUCAAACAUGAGAGCAACUAUAGGGAAGCUCCUGUCUCUUCGGACUUCGAAUUCUCUGUGAAAAACUUUGCCAUGAUACCUGCAGAUGAGAUCUUCUUCAAGGGUAUGUUAUUGCCUUUGAAAGAUAAUAAUGGGACUGAACAAGGACGAAAGCUGACUUUGCGAGAUACACUGCUUGUAGAUGAUGAUGAUGAUGACGACUUUGAGGGUUCACAUCCAACGUUGCCAAAAGGUUCGGGCCGGUGGAAAGAGCGGUUGGGGCUCAAAAGGACUAACCUAGUAUACAGAAAAGGGGAUAAGAAUGAUCCAUUUCUUGAGAACGUAGUUGAAGAAAAAAGUCCUAUGUUUGUCCAUGGUGAAGAUCUUACCAGCAACAAAACAUAGGGCAGAGGUAUUUGAGGAGGACAGCACCAUGAAGCUAGACAGAUGAUGUAAUUGGCAUACUUAGGGGAAGGGACUCAAUCAAACAUCCUUUGAUAACUGUAUAGGGUAACAAAUUAAGAGGAAGCGUUUGCCUUUGAAGUUUGAAUAUAAAAAUCCUUCUGCAAUUUUAGUUUUUUAGAAGGUGGUUCUUCUCUCUACUCUUUAGUUCUUUGUUUCUCUUGGCUGCAGUUUUUUUUUUUUUUUUCUUCAGUUUACUCUACCAUGAAGAAACACCCUAUCCCAUCCUGCAUUCCCCUGGGGAAGUAGACAAGUAUUGUCUUUUUUUUUUUUUUUGUUCUGUACAAAUGUCUGCAUUUAGGGAUCUUCCCAUAAGAAUUAAGAUCCAUGUAAUCUAUUUGUUUGUUUCUAUAUUUUUCAUUUUUUUCAUAUUAUUUUUUUUGAAUUUAGUUCGUCUAUACUUGGUGUUGAGCCACACUUCUUUACCCUCUCAUUU